AUGCACUUCCCUAAUAAUAUUGUACGUUCUUUCUUUCAUAACCUUACAAGUUUGGCGAAUAAUAGAAAUUCCUCAACUAUAACAAUCUCUCAAAAUGACACAAAUGAUAAUACUAAUAUUACGAUAGAACCACUCAUCCAAGGACCAAAGAAAAUACCGGUUUACGUUAACGUAUAUGACAUGCUUCCAAAAGGCAAAGUCGCUGAUUUUGGUUACAGGUUAGGCGUAGGGAUAUUUCAUUCUGGCGUAGAGGUAUUAGGCAGAGAAUAUAAUUUCGGCGGGCAUGUAUAUGAUUACACGGGGGUGUUCGUAAUGAGGCCUAAAGCGGGAUUUCCUAAUGUCACAUUUAAGGAAUCAAUAAAAAUGGGUUACACUGAACUGGAAAAAGAAGAAGUUAUACUGAUUAUUAAAGAAUUGUCGGAGGAAUUUCGAGGGAACACAUAUAACUUGUUGACAAGAAAUUGUAAUCAUUUCUCAGGUGAAUUGUGCAAGAGACUUGUAGGAAAAUCUACCCCUGGUUGGAUAAAUCGAGCGGCAAAACUUGGAACCUAUUUUCCAUGUAUGGUGCCUAACGGAUGGAUUGAUCCGCCGGAAUGUGAUGAGACAACCAUACAAUCAGAGCAACUACAUCAACCUCAAUCACAACAUAUGAAUUGUGCAACCAACACGCAGGUUUAA